ACACCGGAAAUCAUGGAGCCGGGCAAGAUGGCGUCCCCCAAGAGCACACCAAAAGACGCACAGGUGAUGGCCCAAAUCUUGAAGGAUAUGGGGAUCACAGAGUACGAACCAAGGGUCAUCAACCAAAUGCUGGAGUUCGCCUUCCGUUACGUCACCACGAUUUUGGACGAUGCCAAGAUUUAUUCGAGCCACGCCAAGAAACCAGCCGUGGAUGCUGAUGAUGUGCGGCUGGCCAUCCAAUGCCGGGCCGACCAGUCGUUCACGGCGCCACCGCCGAGGGACUUCCUGUUAGACAUAGCCCGGCAGAAGAACCAGACCCCACUGCCGCUGAUCAAGCCCUACUCGGGCCCUCGACUCCCGCCAGACCGCUACUGCUUAACGGCACCCAACUACCGGCUGAAGUCCCUGCCCAAAAAAGUGCCCUCCGCGGCGGGCAGAAUCACCGUGCCCCGACUCAGCGUGGGCGCCGUCAGCAGCAGACCCGGCACCCCGACCCUAGGCGCGCCCUCUUCAGCGCCUGCAGUGGCCGUGGCCGCUGAUGUCGCGACCCCGCUGUCCCUGGCCGGGCAGAGGUUCACCGUGCAGAUCCCGGCCUCCCAGAGCCCCGCGGUCAAGGCCGCGAUGCCCGCGGCGCCCUCGGUGCAGAAUGUUCUGAUCAACCCCUCCCUCAUCGGGUCCAAGAAUAUCCUCAUCACCACCAACAUGGUGUCAUCUUCGUCGUCGUCUUCUUCGUCGUCGUCGUCCUCCUCCUCCUCAUCGUCGCAGAGCACCCCUGCUGAGUCCUCGAAUUCAUUGAAAAGGAAACACGAAGAUGAUGACGACUAUGACAAUUUGUAAAGGACAGAAGCCGACCUGGUGUCUUGUCAAAGGCUAAACAUCUCCAGUUCCUUCAAUUAUCCUCAUAUGACAUAGACUCAAGACCCUUCACCGACAUGCUUGCUCUUUGGAAGAUCUCCUGCUUAUCAAUACCCUUCCUAAACUGUGGUGCCAUGGAGGAAUCAGCUUCCAGCAGAAUUCUUGACAUUAUUGAUGCUCCCCGAAAUGUUGUUUCCUUUGAAAAAUAAGUAUUUCAUUUUUUUUUGCUUAUUUGAAAAAAUAAGCAUUCCUCUUCUCAGAACUAGAUCACUAUCUGGCUAAUGCCAGUCAUGAACCUCAUCCAAAUGAAUGUCUUCAAAUAGCAUUUUUCACAGAUAACCACAUCAUGUUCUGGGUAGAGUAAAAUUAAUACAAAAUUAUAGCAGCCCAGUUUUGAGAGAAAUGCUUUGUGGUGGUAUGGAGAUGAUCCUUGUUUGUUUGGGGGUUUUUGUUGUUGUUUUUGUUUUUUUACCUCUUCUGUCUUGAUUCC